UCUUAGUUGUCUCCACAAACCAAAUUUAGCCUUCAAAUCUUACAAUCGUUCACCACCCAAAACACCAACCCUCAUUUUUCCAAAGCAAAUCAAACCACAACAACCCUUCUGCUCCUCCUCCUCCGCUGCCACCACCACCACCACCACCGUCAGCAUAGUCAUUGUGUUAUUCACAAUCUGUUUCUCAUAUAUUGUGCACAUUCAUUGUUUGUGUCAUUGUUGUUUAUAGUACUAGUACUAAUGCCUGCAUUACAAGUUGAGCAACUCAACCAACUAAGGGCCAUCUUCGCAAGAUUCGACAUGGACUCAGAUGGCAGCCUCACCAUUCUGGAGCUCGGGGCGCUUCUUCGGUCCCUAGGACUCAGGCCCUCAGGUGACCAAAUGCAUGUUCUGCUAAGCAACAUUGACGCAAACGGCAAUGGCUCUGUUGAAUUUGAUGAGUUGGUCAAGGCCAUUUUGCCUGACAUGAAUGAAGAGAUCUUUAUAAACCAGCAGCAACUCAUGGAGGUUUUUCAGUCCUUUGAUCGCGACGGCAAUGGCUACAUUACUGCAGCAGAGCUGGCAAAAUCCAUGGCCAAAAUGGGCCAACCGUUGUCGUAUAAGGAGCUCACAGAGAUGAUCAAAGAGGCUGACACAGAUGGAGAUGGUGUGAUCAGCUUUAAUGAAUUUGCAACUAUAAUGGCAAAGUCUGCCUCAGGUUAUCUAGGCCUUGGUCUCUCAUGACCAAAAGGUAAUGAUGUCUAAGCUAACAUGCUCAUACCUCUA